AAUCUAUCUCAUUGGGGUCAAUCGCGAAUUUGAAACAUCCGAUUCCAAAUUUCACAGACGCUACCCUAGGCUCUUCCCCAAACCCUAAAUCUCCAUUGCUAUCACACAAUGGAUCUGGAGAUUGUUGGUCGUCACGCUCUCUUUUUCGACGACGAUUCGAUGGCAACGUUUGUCAACUCUCCGACGGCGCUCGUUGACUGGAACAGCCUCUUUAUUGACCGCUACGAUGUUCGUCAUCUCCUCUCUUCUGCUCCUCCUCCACGUAUCAAACGCCGUCGUCCGAAUUCAAACGAUGCUGACUUGGAAUCGGAGCUCGAUCACGAGCGUUAUUUUGAUUUACCGUCGGAAUCUCCAUCUCCGUCGGAUGAUGAGAACGAUAUGAAUGAUGUUUCAGCAAAUACAAAUGGCGAUGGUUAUCGCGCUGUCCCCUUUGCAUACGGAAGCUCCAGUGAUGUCAGUGACCAGAAAGAUACUGAUAUGGAAUCUGGAUUUCAGCCGCCUUUCCCCGUGCCUGAUUAUUUACUUCAAAACCUGCCUCCAACUGAGAAAUUACAUCAGAUCAUCACUAGGACGUCAAGCUUUGUAAGCAAACAUGGUGGGCAAUCUGAAAUCGUCUUGAGAGUCAAACAAGGAGGCAACCCUACAUUUGGGUUCUUGAUGCCAGACCAUCAUCUUCACCCUUACUUUAGGUUUCUUGUUGACCAUCAAGAGCUUUUGACGGGAAAGUCUUCUGUAGAAGAGAAAAAGAACGAAAGUGAGAAGGAUGGUGGAGCUUUGUUCUUGCUUGGUUCGGUGUAUGGGACUGUAGAAGAUGAAGAUGCUAACGAAGAGUCUGCAAAUGACUCUAAAACAAGUGAGUCUGCCAAAGGCGAUGAUGGUGUUAAGGUAACUGAUUCCAAUGGACCCGAAUGGUCGAAAGGAGCUGUAAAGAUUGCCUCUAAGCAUUCUCUGCCGUUGAAUGAUCAGGCAUCUGUCAUAAAAAGAAAUCCUUCUGUCAGCGCAGUAAAUGUUGUAGAGAGGAAGCAGAUCAAUACAGAAGAUAAUGCUACAGAAAAACUUUUGACGUCUGAUAAGUCGCAACCCAAGCUUGAACUGCAGAUUGUGGAGCCGUCUACUGAGAUGAAAAGAGUGAUAGAUAAGAUAGUAGACUUCAUCCAAAAGAACGGGAAAGAACUAGAGGCUACUCUUGUUGCACAGGAUGUGAAAAACGGAAUGUUUCCAUUCUUACGUCCGGCUAGCUUAUACCAUGCAUAUUAUCGGAAGGUACUCCAAGAAGCCGAAGAGUUAAAAUCAUGUGACAAAGGCGUCAUUACCAGAAAGGAAGACGUGAAGCAAGAGAAGAUGGGCAAUGCUGUAAAAGAUGGCAAAUAUACGUUUGGGAGUGUUUUACCAGAUGAUUCUGCCAAGAAAGAGAAACUAAAAGUUGUUAGUGACAAACCAAAGGUCGAGUUGCACAACGAAUCAUUCAAGCCUGUCCAACCGCAGAUGAGGGUCAAUGUGGAUGCGAAUACUGCUGCUGCUAUUCUUCAAGCGGCUAGAAGAGGCAUAAGGAAUCCCCAGUUGGGGAUCCUAUCAGGCAAACCCAUGGAUGAGACUUCUCAGAGCCUUGGAAAUGAUGGAAGUUACCCUUCAUCUAAGUCCCCUGAUUUGGCCAAAUCUUCAGGUCAAUCGCUCUCUGGCUCGACUGCUCCUAGUGAAGCUGAUUCAUCUGAAGCAGGCUUGUCUAAGGAGCAGAAGUUGAAGGCAGAAAGAUUGAAACGUGCAAAAAUGUUUGUGGCCAAGUUAAAACCUGAUGCGCACCCUGUGCAACAAGCUGAACCGUCGCGAAGCAUAUCAGUUGAACCGUUGGACUCUGGGAUUUCUGGAUUAGGUGCUAAUGCUGCCAAAGAAAGAGACAGUAGCUCGAUUCCAUCUGUAGCUGAGACAAAACUAGCAGAUGAUGGUAACAGUGAAAGACGACCAAAGAGGAAUUACCGUUCGAGAUCACAUAGAGAUGAAGAUGUUAAGAUGGAACAAGAAGAAGGAGAAGAGGAAGAGAGCAGCAUGGAUGAAGUGACAGAAGAAACCAAGACUGAUAAGAAGCAUUCAUCUAGUAGAAAACGGCAUAUUAGGCAUAAACAUAAGACACGAUACUCUUCCAAGGACAGACAUUCUCGGGACAAGCACAAGCAUGCGAGCUCCUCGGAUGAUGAGUAUCACAGCCGUUCACGUCAUAGACACAGAUACAGCAAAUCUUCAGAUAGGCAUGAGCUAUAUGAUUCUUCUGAUAACGAGGGUGAGCACCGACACAGAUCUAGUAAGCAUAGCAAAGACGUUGAUUAUUCUAAGGACAAGCGUAGCCAUCAUCACAGAUCCAGGAAGCAUGAUAAACAUCGUGAUUCAUCUGAUGAUGAACAUCAUCAUUACAACCGACACAGAUCCAGUAGGCGCAAACACGAGGACUCUUCAGAAGAUGAGCAUGGUCAUCGACACAAGUCUAGUAAACGUAUAAAGAAAGAUGAGAAAACAGUGGAAGAGGAGGCUGUUUCAAAGUCAGAUCAGUCUGAUCUUAAAGCUUCUCCUGAAGAUAACAUCCAGUACCCGCGAAACGAACCAACUCAAGUUUCGGAUGAGCUAAGAGCCAAAAUCCGUGCCAUGUUAGCUGAUACCUUGGGAGAUGGACGUUGAGUAUUUAAACCGAUGUUGAGUUGUAGAACUAAAUUUUUUGUUUUUUUUUUGCGAACUAAUUACGAAAUUAUUCUGAAAAAAGACAUUAUAAAGCUUUACAAGGAAAUCUGUGCUUUUGUUAAUCAGAAACUCGAACAAUAGGAUUUUGAAUCUCCUUUCGUUGGGGGAUACUCCAUCCCCGUCGCUCCGUAUAACAAUGUUUGUGCUACUUAUCGAUGGCCAAGUUCAUUGGAAAGUCGGAACUUUCAUCACCGGGGAAUAUCAUCCCCACGUUAGGUGUACGGCGUAUAUACCUUCUGGCGGAAUAGUGCCGCUUAUCGAAGAUAAUGCUCAGCACAAAUCUGGCUAUUAUGUAAAAAAACUUCUUUCGAGAUGCUUGGAACUUGGAAGUAGGGGUGAAGUUAAGAGUGCAGUUGUUCGAGCAAGCAAAUGGCUAGCAGGGCCGAGGAGUUUUUUACUUUUGUUGACGUAAGAUUUUAUAAAUUGCUUGUCAAUGUCAUAGUGCUUACUUAAAGCUUACCCUUAUCGGUCGAACCUUACUUAGCCUCUCUUCUCAAUUGAAAGGCAAUAAUAUUAUAUGCAGAAAAAACUUCUUUUUGGGUUCGAAUCUAUCUUUUAAAACUUUUGUAUUUUAUGUUCUUGAAUUUCAUUGGUUAUUGCUUUGUUGGAUGUAA